AUGUCACAUAACGCAUUGUUAAAUUUGAACCGCUGGCGUUUCCUUUGUUCGCGUUCGGUCGCGGGUAUAGUAUUAAAACGCCGCCGGUACUCCCCCCGUCCUGUUCGCGCCCGCCGUCCGGCCCAGUGGUGGAACAGGGACGGGGCGACUGUGUCAGCGGGCGCGGGCCGAUUCAGGCACGCCGCGUUGCCCAAUCGACCGCCGACCUAUGGGCCGCGCGUAUCCUACCCGUUCCGUGUACCCUUUCGCAACUCGCGGGCUCAGAUCGCACAGUUCACGCCACAAGACGGGGCCGAUGAGUGCAUAGAAAGUAUGUACUGCUUUAUGAGGGCGUUUAUUUUGUCUUAUUUACCUGAUCCACGGCACUGGAGAUGUCCUAAUGCAACCGAAGACGACCGAGUCACAGACUCGCCCCCUGCCUUGGGCCUAACGGUCACGAGGUCGCGGCCGCGCGGCACCGCUGCGGUCGUCUCUAACGCUUCGGACCCUGCGGUCGACGCGCCGCCGUAUCAGGUGUUUGAGUUAUCGCGCCGCGGCUGGACCUUCGCGAAACGCGACCACAACCUAAGAUUAUUAAUUGUAGGAUUAAAGCCGCCGGUC